UCGGGAUCAGGAUCCGGAUCGAGAUCGGCAUCGAGAUGGGAUCGAAAAACGAAAGCGAAGGCGGGCGGAGGUCGGUCGCGAUGAGCGGAGGUAGGCGAAGCCGGGCGGAGGUGGGCGGUGGUGAGCAGAGGUGGGCCGACGAAGGGGGAGGCCGAGGAAGCGGAGGUGGAAGCGGAAGUGGGCGGGGGAAGCAUUGGUGUGGGGGGGGCAGCGAGGGGAAAGCGGCAGCGUGGCGGGACCCAGACAGGCCGAAGAAGAAGAAUAAGAAGGAGAAGAAGAAGGAGAAGAAGAAGAAGAAGGAGAAGAAGAAGGAGAAGAAGAAGGGGAAGAAGAAGGGGAAGAAGAAGGAGAAGAAGAAGAAGAAGAAGGAGAAGAAGGAGAAGGAGGAGAAGAAGAAGGAGAAGAAGAAGAAGAGGGAGAGGGGGGGAUAGCCCACAUCGUGACAUGGCAGCACGGUUGCUCCGCGAAGAUGCGGAAGAAAAAUAAUAAUAAAAAAAAAGGCCGAAAAAAAAAAACCACGUGCCUAUCUUCCCACGUGCCACGAUCUUGCCACGUGGGAAGCGAGGGGAAGCGGAGGUCAGCGGAGUCAAGCGGAGGUGGGUGGACCCGCGGAGGUGGGGAGAGGUCAGCAGAGCGGACGCAAAGUUUUUUUUUUUUGGUCGGAAACAGGACGAAUAAUAAAAAGAAAAAAAAUAAAAAAAUAAAAAUUAACAAAAAACUAAGAAAACG